AUGAAUGAACCAGAAAGCAGUGAAGUUUUCGUAUCCAGUGAAAUGCUUGAAAAUCAAAGCAAGAUAUUUGGCUUUAAGAAUCCUUCCAUGGUUCUCACUGACUAUCAGAAAGCGAUCGACAGGGCGAGCUUAGAGUUGUGUAAAGCUAAUGUUGCAUUGCUGGAAAAACGUAGGGGGCUUUUAGAGAAAGCACGAAAGAAAGUAGAUGAAGAAGGAUAUCACUAUAAGAAAAACAGCUCUCAAUCUACAAUCUUUGGAUCAGAAUCAUCUACAGAGUGGAAAGCUAAGAGAAAAUAUGUUCAAUCAGAUUGCAGGGAUGAGGAAAUGUACUAUUCAGUCAUAUGAUGAAACUAUUGCCCUUCUUCAGAAACAAAAGUUGAAUUCGAAAUAUAUUAAUUCUGAAAGAUAUCUGGAAGCUGCUGAUAUUAACCAAAGGAUAUUAGACACUACAGAAGUAAGGCAAAGGUGGCAGAAAUGAGGAAUUUAAAGAAAGCUAUUGUAAGAUCUAAUUUGGCUAAGAAGAAUAAAAGGUUUAACAAGCAAAAAAAGAAGUCAUCAACCACAUUAAAGUUUGCUCCCCUGAAGUCCUGGUUACAAAGAAAGUUUGAGUGCUAGCGGCGGAGAUGAUACUGAAAUUAUUGUGUCAUCGGAUUCAGAAAGUGAAGAUGAGAGAAAACAAGUAAUGUUCAUUCUGGGGGAAGUUAUAUCUCUCAAAUUAAAGACAUGUCUUUAUCAGAGUUUCAAGUUGCUAGGAAAUUGUACUGUCAACAUCAACAUAUACCACCAUUACUAUCAAUGUAUGAAAUAUGUCUGCCUUUAAUAAAUGCUGCAAAAGAAGUUGAGAGUGAUGGAAUAGUAAAAUUACAGAAAAGAACAUUGUUUUGUAAUAAUUUUAAGGUGUUGUCAUACAAAAUUGACAAAGCAAUCAAUUGCCUUAUGCAGCUUCCAAUUGUUGUUUUAAAAAUUAAAGGAAUAUUAUGUUUUGGAGCAUGCAAGUCAGACAGACUUUUUUCAAACCUUAUUCCAGAUAAAAGUGUGCAUGUAGGAUUGGAUAGAGAAAGCUUAAAAGUUCUUUGCAACUUGGCUAGCAGUGAAACUGACCGAAAACUACUAAAAACUGUAGCGACAGCUGGGUUAUCAGCUGAAAAAGCAAAAGCCCUGUUUGGAAUCAGUAACUUGCACAAGUUGAGAAAUGACGUGGCACAAGCUGUUCAAGAGUAUGAUUCAAUAUGAAGAAAUGUCGAUGACAUAGUAAAUGCCAAAAUGAAAGCAACAUUUCAAUCUUCCGAAAUUGUUUUCUCAGAUUCAGAUGCAUAUUCAGAUUCUGAUUCCAAAAUUGGAGUGUCUGAUGAUGAACUUGACUGUAGUGAUUGUGCCAAAAAUUAUAAAUAAAUCAGACUUGAAAAAUAUUGAAGAUGAAAAUGUUGAACUUGGAAGUGAAGGCUUGCCAGCAUGUCACAGUUUAUUGCAGGUUCUUCUAGAAAACAAUUUAAUUGGAUAUCAUUUGUUGCAGAGUUGGUGGUUUUUUGUUAAACGAUAUUGACACACAAAAUUUCAACAACUUGACAACCACUUUUUUUAAUGAACUUAUGUGCAAAACUGACCUCCAUGCUGAUCAUUUAAAACUGGUCAUUGAGUUAAGGCAAACAUACUCUGAAAGCGUUAUUGCAAUGGGUGAAACGAUGCCCAGUGGGUUUGCGCAAACUGAAUCAGAAAGUGAAGAUUAG